AGUUUCGCUAGCAUUGACGUCAGGGCGCGUGAUACUGUCGGUCCAGAGCGGCCGGCAUUUGUCCAGUACGUCUCGCUCGUUCUUGACCCAUCCCGUAUUCUAUCUGGUACUGUCUGCUAACGAAAAAUGAGCUCGAUAUCAUUCCAGCCAUGUCCAGUCGAGUCAGACCACUCUGGCCUCUACUGGCCAUGUCAACUCUCCGAACCCUCUCGAUGACCGACCGAUAUUUUCCGCAUGGACGAGGAAAUGGGACGGGGUGGCCUGUGUAUAAAAGACAUCCACUAGUCAGUUACUUCCGAGCCACAUAUCCCAUUAUGAGGAACCUCAUCGUCUCUCGUACUCCAUCCCUUGUCCUUUUCGGGACACUCCAGGUCGUAUUGUGGGGUUUCGUAUGGCGGCAAUGGCAUGAACCAGGUCAUAUCAAGACCCCUUUGAAGUCUGCUAUACCCCGUGGCCAUCUUGGUCAAACACACGCAUACACAUGAGACGAUCUGCGUAGUAUUGGGGGGAUGAUAGAAAGACCUACAGGAAGUUGCUUAUAAUUGUACCAUAUCACGGAGGACACAUGUAUCGAUAUCGACUAAUUCAUUUCAUUC